AUGUCGUCGCAACUCUUUCCAGAUGGCGGAUGGGACGUCCACCACCACAUUUUCGAACCUGAACGGUUCCCCUAUGAUCCAAACCGACAUCUCACACCACCCCCGGCAUCGAUCAAAGAAUAUAACGAAUUCAAAAGAAAGACGGGCAUAACGCAUUCAGUCCUGACCCACGGUCUCUCCUAUGGCGCAGACAGCAGCUGCCUCACUACAUUCACCACGGACCUCGGGCGCGCAAUAACAAAAGGGAUCGCAGUCAUCGAUCCUAAAACCGUCACACCAGCCGAGCUAGCAGAAAUGCACGCCAACGGAAUUCGUGGCAUCAGAGUGAAUAUGUACCGAUAUGGUGCGAUGCAUGACGUCGAGCUUCAGAAGAUCGCUUUAAAGGUCCAUGCAGGUGCGCUGGACGGUCAUUGCACCGGGUGGAGCAUGGUGUUUACGCAUACCCAUCCGGAGUUCUGGGGUGCAUUGAAGCCACUUAUUGCGCGGGAGAUUGUACCAAGAGGGAUUCGGCUCGUAACGGAUCAUUUUGCCCUGUUGAAGGGGGCAAGCAUGUUGUCCGCUGAACUUGAGGGUGAUCUUACGCGGCAACAAGGGUUUGAAGAUAUCCUGGAUUUAGUACGAGCGGGUCAAAUUUUCGUGAAAAUCAGUKCGCCAUACAGGGUCAGUACCCAAGCUCCGUAUUUCGAGGAUCUCAAACCGCUCGUCAGAGCGUUGUUUGAUGCGAAUCCCCAGCAGCUUUUGUGGGGGAGUGAUUGGCCACAUACCCCCUUGAUGAGGGUGCGUACGAGGGAGGAGGCAUUAACAGAGACUCCGUAUCUAAAGGUUGAUGAUGUGGCUUGGUUGAAAAGCCUCCGCUCGUGGUUGUCAGAUCAUGAGUGGAAGACGCUGAUGGUGGAGAACCCCCAGAGGCUGUAUGAUUGGUAG